GGGCAGGAGGGGCUGGGAGGGGGGAAGGAAGGGAGGAGACGCGGGCGGCGACCGUUCCCCCGCCGGCCCUUUGGGCUGAGAGAGCCGCGCGGCGGCCCGCGGGGCCCGGGCGCCCCCGGUGCUGAGGGGGGGUGAGGGAAGGAUCGCGGGCCCAGGCCUCGCCUUCCCGGGGUGCCCUCCCCGGCCGCGGCGCUGCCCCUCUAGGCCUGGGCCCCUCGGAUGAGGCGGUGAGGCCGGUUGCCCUUCCCUCUGCCGGUUCCUGGCCCCCUCACACCCCCUUCCGCCUCCUCCGGGGCCUGGCCGGGCCGCGCUCCCCCGCCCCGCUCCCCAUGUAGGAGGGGGUGUUCGGCGGCAGGGAGGAGGGCUGAGGCCGGGGUGGAUGGUGCCAGGAGCGGGCGCUGAGGAAGUUUGAAGUUUUGGGGGUUUUGGAGGAUUUCCCCCCCGCCUCCCCUCUCUCGAGCACAGUGGAGGAGGAAUGCCAAAUCCGGAGAGACAUGGGGGCAAGAAGGAUGGGGGCGGCGGGGGGUCCUCGCAGCACACGCCUGGCAGCGGGAGCUCGAACAGCAAGGAGAGGCACCGGCUGGCCUCCAGGCACAAGAGGCAUAAGUCCAGGCACUCUAAGGAGUCACCACUGGCAGCCCAGGAGACGGCGGCACCCUUGGGCGCGAUGAUCAAGCCGCUGGUGGAGUACGAUGACAUCAGUUCGGAUUCGGAUACCUUCUCGGAUGAUGUGGGUACCCUCAAGCUGGACAGGAGGGAGAACGAGGAAAGGAAAGCGGACAGGAGCGAGAGGAUACAGAAACACCGGCACCACCAGCACAAACGCAUUCGUGAGCUGAUGAAGAGCAAACAGGCAGAAAAAGAGAGGAAAUUAGAAAAGAGCCUGGAAGCAUCCAGCAGGUCCGGGUCCACCAAGGAGAGAAUAUCGGGAUCCUCCAAGAGACUCCUUGAAAGCGAGGAGCGCCCAAAGUCACUGUCCUCAAAGAGUAGCAACAAGGAAUCCCGGUCAGCCAAAGCGCACAAGGAGAAGUCCAGGAAGGAUCGGGAGCUCAAAUCCAGCCACAAAGAGCGCAGUAAAAGCCAUCGGAAAAGGGAUGCUCCCAAAAGUUACAAAACGCUUGACAGCCCCAAGCGGAAAUCCAGAAGCCCUCACCGAAAAUGGUCCGACAGCCCUAAAUUGGACGACAGCCCCUCAGGAGCUUCCUACAUCCAGGAGUAUGAUCUCAGCCCUCCCCGCUCCCACACCUCCAGUAACUACGAUCCCUACAGGAAGAGCCCCGGAGGUUCCUCGCGCCGCCAGUCCAUCAGCCCACCCUACAAGGAGCCCGUGGCCUACCAGUCCAACACCCGCUCUCCCAGCCCUUACAGCCGGAGGCAGAGGUCCAUCAGCCCCUAUAACAGGAGACGUUCCUCCAGCUACGAGAGAGGCAGCGGGUCCUACAGUGGGAGGUCACCCAGCCCCUACGGCCGACGGCGCUCGAGCAGCCCUUUCGCCGCAAAACGCUCCGUGAGCCGAAGCCCCAUCGCCAGGAAAUCUGUGAAAUCCCGAAGCCGAAGUCCUGGCUAUUCAAGACACUCAUCAUCUCACAGUAAAAAGCAGAGGUCUGGGUCACGCAGUCGCCAUUCCAGUAUAUCCCCCACCAGGCUCCCCCUGAACUCCAGCCUGGGGGCAGAGCUCAGCAGGAAGAAGAAGGAGCGGGCGGCAGCGGCGGCGGCUGCGGCCAAGGUGGAUGGGAAGGAGGCGAAGGGCUCCCCCGUUUUCCUCUCCAGAAAGGAGAACAGCUUGGCCGAACUCAAGGAGUCUGGAACGGAAUCUAAAAAGGUCAUCAAAACUGUUAAAUCCGAAAAGUCGUCUUCGGAUACAGAAUUAGUUAAUUUACUGUACGCCAACGCAGAGACUAAAGCCCCUGCAGAGACAACAAAACCCAAGGCAGAGGAGAACUCUGAGAGGAAACACCCUGUUCCGGUCAGAGAGUCAAAACAGACGGGAACAAAAGACUUGAAGCCUGUAGCAGCAGCAGCAGCAGAGGACCUUCUAUCUCCGAAAGAGACAGAGGCAGCAGAGAAGGAGGUUCCCCCCCCACUCCCCUCAAUCAAAUCACCUCCUCCACCUCUGCCCACCACCACGCCGCCGCCUCCCACCCCGCCGCUGCCGCCUCUGCCUCCGUCGCCUGCCGUGCCGCCUUUGCCGCCAUCCCAACCGACUCCCCUCCAGGUCCCCACUUCAGCCCCGACGUCUUUGCCAUCUUCUUCCCACCCAAGGACGUCUACUUUAUCCUCUCAGGUGAACUCUCAGUCCUCUCUCCAAGUCGCUACAAAAACACAAGUGUCUGUGACGGCUGCUAUCCCGCACCUGAAAACUUCAACGUUGCCUCCGCUUCCGCUCCCCCCUAUUUUAGUUGGGGAAGAUGACUUGGAUAGUCCAAAAGAGAUUCUUCCUCCAAAACCUGUGAAGAAAGACCGAGAGCAGAGACCACGACACUUACUCACGGACCUCCCGCUCCCUCCAGAGCUCCCUGGGGGGGACCCAUCUCCUCCUGACUCCCCGGAACCAAAGGCAGCCACACCACCUCAGCAACCCUUCAAAAAGAGACCAAAAAUCUGUUGCCCUCGGUACGGGGAAAGGAGACAGACGGAGAGCGACUGGGGGAAGCGCUGCGUAGACAAGUUUGACAUCAUUGGGAUUAUCGGAGAAGGGACGUACGGGCAGGUGUACAAAGCCAAGGACAAGGACACAGGUGAACUGGUGGCUCUCAAGAAGGUGCGACUGGACAACGAGAAGGAGGGGUUCCCCAUCACCGCCAUCCGCGAGAUCAAAAUUCUUCGGCAGCUGAUUCACCGCAGUGUUGUUAACAUGAAGGAAAUUGUCACAGACAAACAAGAUGCACUGGAUUUCAAGAAGGACAAAGGUGCCUUUUACCUUGUGUUUGAGUACAUGGACCAUGACCUAAUGGGGCUGCUAGAAUCCGGCUUGGUACAUUUCUCAGAGGACCAUAUCAAGUCUUUCAUGAAACAGUUAAUGGAGGGUCUGGAUUAUUGUCACAAAAAGAAUUUCCUUCAUCGAGAUAUUAAGUGCUCCAACAUCUUAUUGAACAACAGUGGGCAAAUCAAACUUGCAGAUUUUGGACUCGCCCGACUCUACAGCUCGGAGGAGAGCCGUCCGUACACAAAUAAAGUCAUUACAUUAUGGUAUCGACCUCCAGAAUUGCUGCUAGGUGAGGAGCGCUACACGCCGGCCAUCGACGUCUGGAGCUGUGGCUGUAUCCUCGGGGAACUGUUUACAAAGAAGCCUAUUUUUCAAGCCAAUCUGGAACUGGCUCAGCUUGAAUUAAUCAGCCGGCUCUGUGGGAGCCCCUGCCCAGCGGUGUGGCCGGACGUCAUCAAGUUGCCCUAUUUCAACACUAUGAAGCCCAAGAAGCAAUACCGAAGGCGUCUGCGUGAGGAGUUCUCCUUCAUCCCCUCCUCUGCCCUGGACCUGCUGGACCACAUGCUGACCCUGGACCCCGGCAAGCGCUGCACAGCGGAGCAGGCCCUGCAGAGUGACUUCCUCAAGGAUGUGGACCUCAGCAAAAUGGCACCUCCAGACCUUCCCCACUGGCAGGAUUGCCACGAGCUGUGGAGCAAGAAACGCCGGCGGCAGCGGCAGAGCGGGAUCGCAGUGGAGGAGCCACCCUUAUCAAAAGUUUCUCGGAAAGAAACUACCUCUGUUACAAGCACAGACACUGUCAAAAACAACAGCAGUCCUGUGCCCCCACAGCCGGCCCAGCUCAAACCAGAGAGUGGGGCUGGAGACACAGUAGGCCUGGGAGACAUCACCCAGCAGCUGAACCAGAGCGAAUUAGCGGUUUUACUGAACUUGCUGCAGAGCCAGACCGACCUGAGCGUCCCCCAGAUGGCCCAGCUGUUGAACGUCCACUCCAACCCGGAGAUGCAGCAGCAGCUGGAGGCCCUCAACCAGUCCAUCAACGCUCUGACAGAAGCCACCACUCAACAGCAGGAGUCUCAGGCGGCGGCGGCGGCGGCCGAGGAACCCGUGGAAGAGCCACCGGUGGAGGCCCAGCUCCCGGAGGAACCGGCGGCGACUCCAGAAGCAGCCAGUGCUCAGGGAGAUGUGCAGAACGUGCUGGCAGUUCUGCUGACUCAGCUGAUGAAGAGCCAGGAGCCGGUGAUAACCCUGGAGGAGAGCAACGGGGAGAAGAGCAGUGAGCAGCAGGGGCCCAGGAAAACCCCCACCGCGCAUCCAGAAGAAAGCGCAGCGUGUCCUCCUCGCAUUCUCCCACCAGAGAAGAGACCCCCCGAGCCCCCCGGGCCUCCUCCUCCGCCGCCGCUGCCUCUGCCCGAAGGGGAUCUCUCCAGCGCAGCCCCGGAGUUGAACCCGGCCGUCACGGCUGCCCUGCUCCAGCUCUUUUCCCAACAAGAAGGGGAAUCUCUGGGCCACGCCACGCACGACCACCACCAACCCUCCAGAGCCAGGGACUACGGCAGGUCCCACUCCUCCAGGACUUACAGCGCCGAAGGCUCGGAGGGGGGAUUUGGUGCCGAAGAGCUGAAUUCGGGCCAGACGCUACUAGAAGAACCCUCUGCCCAACCUCUGGGGAAAAGCAGGACCUUCUUGGGCUCCGUGAGCCACCUCGGGGAGAGCAGCAAUUACCAGGGCACGGGAUCUCUCCAGUUUCCAGGGGACCAGGACCUGCGUUUCGCCAGAGUCCCCGUCGCCAUCCACUCGGUGGGGCAAGCUUUUCCCAAAGCCGAGGGGAGCAGCAGCAGCACCACCUCCACCUCCACCACCACCACCACCAACAACAACAACUCUCUGGUCCAUCCCGAGGCCAAAAUCCCAAAUUACGGCGAGCUGGGAGCGGGGAUGGCCGGUUCCAGCGGGGCAGGAACGGGUCACAGUUGGGGUGCCCCAUCCCAGGCCACCUCUUCCUACGGGAAGACGUACCGUGGGCCUGGCCGAGUGCCUCCGCGGGGGGGACGGGGCAGGGGGGUUCCCUAUUGAGAGACGGUGCCUU